AUGGAAGCUAAUCCAGAAGAUGGAUCCAACUAUGACGAAGCUAAGGAAGUGAUGGCAUUUGAUGAAACUAAAGCCGGAGUUAAGGGACUAGUUGACUCUGGAGUGACCAAGGUUCCCAGGUUCUUCGUCCAACCAUCAGAGAGAGUUGAGAAGCUAUCAUCGAAGUCUAGCAACAUCAACUUUCAGGUUCCAAUCAUAGACUUCGAAGGCUUUGAGAAUUCUCGGAGGAUAGAGGUAGUGAAUGAGAUUCGAAAAGCAUCAGAAGAAUGGGGUUUCUUCCAAGUUGUUAAUCAUGGCAUUCCUGUCAGCGUCAUGGAUGAGAUGUUAGUAGGAGUGAAACGAUUCCAUGAGCAACCUCAAGAGGUGAAGAUGGAGUUGUACUCGCGGGACGCUAACCAACGAGUGAAGUUCUUCAGUGGCGUUCUCCUUCUGACUAAAGAACCAGCAAUUUGGAGGGACACCAUAGCAUUUGAUUUCAAGGACGGUAAAUUAGACCCUGAACACUUUCCUGACAUAUUCAGAAAGGAGGUUAGUGAGUAUAUCAGACACGUUAUGACGAUCGGCAAGACACUAUCUGAAUUCUUAUCAGAAUCACUUGGGCUGCGCAGUGAUUACCUUUCAAGCAUAGAAUGCAUGGUAACUGCAUCGUUGGUGGGUCACUACUACCCAGCUUGCCCAGAACCAGACUUAACGCUUGGCACCGCCAAUCACACAGACCCAUCUUUUCUGACCAUACUUCUGCAAGACAACAUGGGUGGCCUCCAAGUUCGUCAUCAAAAUCAAUGGGUUGAUGUCCCCCUCUGCAUGCUUAUCACCAAUGACAAGUUCAAAAGUGUGGAGCAUAGAGUUUUGGCCGGAGAAGUCGGACCCCGGACAUCAGUAGCAUGCUUUUUCUUCCCGAGUACAGAAAAUACGCUUAAACCAUAUGGGGUAAUAAAGGAGCUUCUAUCUGACAAGCCACCAUUAUAUAGGGAAACUCAUUUGGCAGAAUAUAUGGCUCAAUUCAUGACCAAAGGAUCAUAUAUCUCAACCCUUUCUCAUUUUAAAUUGUCUUGA